UUAUGUUGAAAUAAUUAAUAUAAUAUGUUGCUCAGUUUUGUCGUAUAAAAUCUCCAGCGAGGAGAGAAUAUUUAUCUGGUUUUAUCAUAGUCAAAAUUAAAAUAUCCGAGAUGACGAGGUUCGGCAUAUUUCUGAUCGUUCUUGUUGUUGCGCAUAUCCAUUGUGCUCCUCAAAAGAUUGAAAUAUCCAUCGAGCACAAGGAAGUAAAUUACUUGUACCCUCGCGCAGUGACAGAACCCGCAUGGGUCACGGAGCUGUUGGGGCCAACUCAGUUCCCUGUGUCCUCAACUAAACGGCCAACCUUGCCACAAAGAAUCCGUGAAACGAUAAAAACAAUCAAUCAGUCAAUCAAUCAAUUUCCAGUCCGAAUUAAUCAAAUCUUUGAGGGGAUACAGAAGGGGGCGCAAAAUAUAAUUGGUGGUCCUGGAGGACCGCGGACGACAACGAAGCCAAAUCUAGCUUCAACCAGAGCCAGAGCUGCUGCGCCCCUCUCCCAAUUGAUCAAAUAUUUUCAGAAAAACGUCUUUUUUGCUCCAAAAGAUGUAGAUCAAAGCGAGCGAAUACAGAAGACAAGCAAUGAGGUUUCCAGAGUGUAAGAUGUUGAUUCUCUUCUCAUUCAACUCGUUCCAUUUUGGAAUCAGCCGAAUGACCAAAACAAAUUCAGCAACUAUCAAUGUUUGAAAUGCUAUACAAAUUGACUGAAAUAAUAAAAUUCAUCAAUGACACUUAAGGAAAAUA